GAACGUCGUUUUAGUCGAUAACGCGACGUCGUCGGAAGACGAUUCACCAGAUCAAAAAAGAGAUCCUGAAAACCGGGAUCGUCGUGAUAAUCGGAAGCGCGGGGCGAAAAAGAACGAAAUCGAACUGAACGAAACCCAAGAAAACUUCGACUUUGUCUCAUUAAUUCAUUUCAAUUUGUUUUUAAUUCCCAAAUAACCGAUUUAACCGUGGAGGAAGCUUCUUACGUAAUCGACGUCGUCGGGGGUCUUAUUUUUUAUUUCCGGGAGGGGGUGGUUUCAGUCGAUGAUGAUGAUGGUUCGCGAACGAAACUUUCGUUGUUAUUUUUCGGCGACGUGAUGAUUAUUUAGGUUAAUGGGAAUUAAUUAAAUACAUUUUUUAAAUUAAAUAAACGCCGGUUAUGUUGCUGUGACAACGCAGGAAAAGUUUUCGUUUCAUUUUGAUGGUCAGGGGCGGAGUCGCCGGAGGGUGAGGGGUGCAAAAAUGGGGAAAAGAACCCGGAAAACUAGAUGGAGGACUUUGGAGAUUGGUGAUAGUGACAGUGAGGAAAGCUGUUCACAUCAGCCCCAAUCGACGCCAAGGGGUUUCCACCCUCGACCUUAUUAUUCGAAAUUUCACACUUUCUCAUCGAGUCAAUCGACGCCAACGAGAAGGUUUAAUAACGGUUGUGAUAAUAAUAAAUCGACGAGGUCUAGUAGUACAGCAAGCGAUACGAAAAUUACGUUCAAUGAAGAUGAAUACACUAAAAUUACAACCCCGCGCCAAGACGUCCUAUUCAAGAAGGGAUAUCUUAAUAAGCCGAGAACGUAUCAAACUCAAACGUCGACGGGAAAUUCAACUUCCGCAUCAACGGGAAAUUCAACCGGAAAUGGAACUCCUGAUCAUCAAUCAGCUGAUGGGACGGAAUGUACGGAUGUAGAAUACGAAUCCCAAUUCGUCUUCCCAACUUUCCUCGACCACAACGGCAUCUAUUAUGUAAAUAGUUUCGAACCUUACCCCCUGAUGAUGUACAACCCGCAAGUUUGUUACCCGGAAUUUCCGGUUUCGAGAACGAAACGUCUCAGCACAGGAUCUUUGACUGAAUCGACAAGUCCCAAUAACGAAGAAAUUGGCACUCAAAGCGGCGGCGAAAACGGAGCCGCCCAGGAUCUUGGUCACCCGAUGUACAUGUACCAAGGUUUUUAUUACAACAAUCCAAGUUCCUCAACAGUUGUGGUGGACGUACCAACGACCGAGCCGAGGAAAAUCAAGAAAAAACGGCGAAGAAAAGCGAGCAAAAGCGUACACGAUGACGAGUUAUCGAGUUCUGAGGAGGAAUCUUCUGAGGAGCCCACCCAAAUUGAGAAUAAAUCGGUUAAGGUUAAUCAAUUAAUUGAAGAGGAUAAAAAUGGAAAAGAAUUUGAGGAAGAAGUAAAAAGGAAAGAUGAUAAUAAAGAAGGUAAAGAAGAAGAAAAUGUACCUCUUGAGAUGGUCCAAGAAGAAGAAAGUGCAAAAAUGGAAGAUGAGAUUGAAAAGAUUGAACCGGAAGAAGAAUCUUCAAAAAAAGAGACGAAAUUUAAUUUAAACGCAGAAGAAUUCAUCCCAAGAGCUUUACGCCAAAACGAUUUGAACAUUAAUCGAAACCCCAAUGUUCAAUUUGUAAACGUUCACUCCAACUUUAUCCCACUUCCUUUCGUGAAUCACCCCUUAAACGAAAUUGGGGCCCAACCAAAUUACCCCGCAAUGUUCCCCCCCGGAAUCCCACUCGGAUUCGUUCCCCCCAAUUUCGUCAAUUUCGUUCCAAACCAAUUUUACGCCAAACCAACAUUCGAAAACAUCCCGCAAAAAGCGAUAGUUCAACAAAAACAAGAAGAAACCGAAGAGGUAGCCGAAAACGUCGAGAAGAAUGAGGAGAAAAUGAUUAAAAGUGAAGUUGACAUCGCCAAAAUUGUUUCGAAAUUGGAGGAGGCGGCCAAAGAGCAGCGCCAAAGUGAGAGUGGGGUGAUAAAGAGGGGGAUGAAGAAAGGGAUUAAGUACCAAAGGAAGUUUUAUGAUUAUAAAGGUGGGUUUGAGAAGAGGAGGAACUUUGAGAGGAAAAGGUUUUAUCAUGAAUCAUCGGGGAUGAUCAAGGAUGAUGAAAAUAAAGACGAAAAUAAGGAUGGAAAAGAGAAGAAACAUAUCUUUAAGAAUAUUUCGCCUCAUUUAACUCCGAAAAGAUAUCAAAUAAAGCAUGAAAUGAAUCAUCAAAUUAAUGUUAAAAAGACUUCCCAAGAGAUUUCUUUAUCUCCUCAAUUAAAGUAUUCUGAAACUGUGAAGAAAUCUGUCCCUCAAUACCAAUUAAAAGCAUCCCCGCUCAAAAUCAAAGAAGAAAUUGCUUCAAUUCCAAAAUCACCAAAUCAAUGGAUCGCAGUUUCGAAUCGAAAGAAACGAAAAAAUCGAUCGAAUGAAGAAGAAAUUGAGGCAACGUUGAAAGAUGAUUCAUUAAAAGUUGAGGAGGAAGAAAAUGUUGAUGAAGAAUUGGUGGUUGUUGGUGGUGGUGGGGGUGAUGAGGUGCUAAUUUUAACCAAAGAGGAAGAAAAAAUGAUUUAUGAGGAUAACAAAAUGUUGGAGGAUGUUCCAAAAGAUGUUAUUGAGUUAAUUCGGGAAUCAAGUUUGAGUGGAAUGAAGAAAAACGAGGAUGUUGUGAUUCAGGAUGUUCAAGAGAUUGAGAAAGAAAUGUUGAAGGAGAAAGAUGAGGAGGUGAAGAGUUUGAAAGAUGAUGAAAUUAAAGGAAAGGAUGAGAAUGAGGAGAAGGAGGAAGAAGGAAAUAUCGAAAAAGAAGUUUUGAUAAAGAAAGUGAAGAAAACGAAAAAACAAGUUCAAAAAAGAAUUUUGGUGAAAGACUGUGACUUUAUAAACGUUGAAGAAACCGAGGAGAAAGAAGAAAAAAUAGUGCAAGAAGAGAAAGUGUUGAAAGAAGUUCCACAAAACAAUGAGACCUUAACAAUCAAAGAAACCGACCAAAAACCCGAAUCGAUACCCCCAGAAAAGAAAAAACCCAAAAAAAAGAAAAAAAUCCAAAAAAUCAACCCCCCCCUAUCAAAAUCAUCAUCAACAACAACAUUAAACAACCCCAACAUUUUCGAUGAAUCCUACGAUUUCCUAUUAGACACCACCUCACUCCUCGAAACCAACGAUAAAACGAACGUUGAAGUAUCCGAAGAGCUCGAUAAGAUGAUUCAAAAAGGCCUCUUUGGAAAUCUCGAGGAAAAAAUGAAAACGCUUAACGUAUCGAUCGACGAAGACUUUUUCAAGUCGUUGAACUUUUCGAAGCCGCAAUCGACGCCCGAUAAAUCGGGGUUUAUAAAAGCGACCGAUUUGUCGUCGAUUUUAACCAAUAAUAACCAAUUUUUGCAAAAAGCGAUUGAUUACACGAAAAUUAAGCCGGAUCAAGCGUCGACGUCGAAAGAUUGCGCCUUUUUGGACGUUUCAAACGAUGAUUUCGAAAACACUAAUAUUAAUGUUAGCGGAGAUUUGGGGAGGAAAAAGGAGAAGAAUAAAGGGGGGAAGUUGAAGAAUAAGAGUAGGAGGAAGGAACAAGAGUACAAAGUAAAAAAUCGAUCAGCGACCGAAGAUGUAAUAAUUUUGCAUAAUGACGAAAACGAAGAAAAAUCUGAAACAACCGAGGAGAUUGUUGAUGGUAUCGAGGAGAUUUUAGAAGAUGUUUUGAAAAGAAUCGAUGAUGAACUAAUUGAAAACGAAAUAAAACCUGAAAGUAUUGAUCAAACAUUAGAACAACAAACAAAUCAAGAAAUUAUUGAUGAACAACCAUGUUCAGAAACUUUUGAUCAAAAGCCCGAAAGUUGCGAUGAACCAAACUUAACUCAACUAGAAGUAUUUAAUGAACAACAAGAAACUAGUUUUGAAAUUCACACUAUAAUUUCGUCAAAUUUGAUUCACGAAAGUAAUUUUUUAAACUCAUCUCAACCCGAAAACGUCACUUUAACACAAAAGCCUGAAGAUAACUUAAAAAUAUGCACAAAAACGUACGAAACUUUCGAAAUCGACGACGACAAAAGAUUAACCGAUAAAAAUGGAUUAUUUCCGAUCGAAAACGACGUGGAGGAAGAAGACGAUGAGAUUUCAAGCGCCCAAGAGGCUACAAAUGAAGUCAUCGUUGCCAACUUGGAAAAUAAAAAUCCCCAAAAUCACCAAAAAUCGAUUACUCAAGCCGUGUUUGAGUGGAUGGUUAAAGUUAGGGAGAAAACACCCGAAAUUGAAAUUUUAAAGAGUCCAGAUACGAUUAAUAGAGAGUUUAAUUUAAAUGGAGAAAAUGAUUUAAUUAAAGACGACGAAAUAGAAGAAGGAAAAGAUGUUCUUGAAAUUUGUGGAAAAGAAGAGGAAUUUUUUAAAUUAGAAGAAGAAAUGGAGGAGAUUAAACGAAAACGAAACACGAAACAUGGCGACCUUCCUUAUCGCGCCAUCUGUUGCAGUUUGAUGUAAACGCAAAAUAUUUUAAACAAUUUUUAAUCGUGUAAAGUGAUUUUUUUGUCAUUUUUCUACAAAAAAAAAAAAA